GGUCUGUUCGCCAUGGAAGGGUUAAGGAAGAGGAUGGUUCUCUUGCUACUGUCAAUGACCAUUGCCAAGUUCCAUUUUGGCACGUGUGAAGCUAAACAAGGCCAAGCCCUUAUGCAGCACAUGAAUGCCCAGUUUGUAGGAAAUGUGGGGGUUGAGAACUGGGGCUCUUUUGAUGAGGUCACACGUGUGUUGCCGCAACAUGGGUUGAGAGAGAGAGAUGAGAUUGUUGGUGGUUUGCCUGGUCAGCCUGAGGGUGUCGAAUUCAAGCAGUAUGCCGGCUAUGUGACUGUCGACGAGAAAGCGGGGAGGGCGCUCUUCUACUAUCUCGCCGAGGCCGUCAACCCUCUCUCCAAGCCUGUCCUCCUCUGGCUCAAUGGAGGUCCAGGGUGCUCGUCUCUUGGAUAUGGAGCCAUGGCAGAGUUGGGACCUUUCAGAGUCCACAGCAAUGGCACGACUCUUUACAGGAACAAAUAUGCUUGGAACAAUGUGGCAAAUUUGUUGUUCUUGGAAUCUCCUGCUGGCGUUGGCUUCUCUUAUUCCAACACCAGCUCCGACUAUGAUCUUAGCGGCGAUAAGAGAACAGCAUCUGAUGCUUACACUUUCCUGAUCAACUGGUUCGAGCGAUUCCCAGAAUACAAGAACAGCGAUUUCUACAUCUCAGGAGAGAGCUACGCAGGUCACUAUGUUCCACAGCUCGCAUAUCAAGUCCUUUGGCACAAUCAGAUGGCCACAAAAACCAUCAUAAAUCUCAAAGGCAUCGCGAUUGGUAACCCGUGGAUUGACGUUGCGAUUGACACACUAGAAUUUUAUGAGUACUUGUGGACCCAUGCGAUCCUCCCAGACGAGAUCAUCAACGCCAUCAAUAGAUAUUGCAAUUUCUCACUUAACAGGCAAUCCAUACCAUGCUCUGAUACCCUCUCUCAAUUGGACAUUUCUUCCAUUGACAUGUACAACAUCUAUGCCCCUAUCUGCAACACCACCAACAAACACAAGCCUUGUGCUAGUGACCAGGAAUAUGAUCCUUGCACAGAUGACUACGUGGAAAUGUAUCUAAAUCUUCCCCAAGUCCAAAAGGCACUCCAUGCUAACGUUACUGGGCUAGAGAAUCCGUGGUUUGCAUGCAAUGGGAUGAAUCUGUAUUGGAAGGAUGCACCACUUACUGUACUUCCCCUAAUAAAGAAUCUCACAGCGAAUGGCAUCCGAGUGAUGCUAUACAGCUCGAAUCCGAAUCCUGAAAGGACUGGUUGGUACCUCCGAUUGAUUGUUUUGGUAUCUGGCCAGGAAGAGUCAAAGGCUGCAAUAUCUCCCGUUAUGGAUGGUGUCUUAAGGGUGUUUAAGAAUGUGGCUGGAGUGAAUGAAGGUGAAGGUGAUGCAGCUUCUAAAGUUGGCGUAUGCUCAGUGCGACUGUUGGUUGCCUCAUCACAAGCUAUCAAUUUGAUCGAAAAGGGGGGAAGUCUCAUCAAAUUUGUGCAGGAAAGCUGUGGUGCAUCAGUGCACGUCCUAUCAAAAGAUGAGGUUCCCUUUUAUGUGACUUCUGAAGAAAGAAUUGUAGAAAUCCAUGGACAGUUUCCAAAGGUUCUCAAAGCUCUUGAAGCAGAGCGUCACAUAUGGAGAACUGGUUAUGAGAAGAAUGAAUUGCAGGCAGUAGUUUCUGAUGAUGUUCCUAAAGCUCUUGCAAAGUGGCAUGAUAUGGGAAUCAAGGUGUAG